AUGAACGUCAGCACUGCAGAUCUGAGUUGGCUUCCCAGCGAUGCCGAUGAGCAGCUUGCGGUCGGGUUGAAGAUCAUUUCAAAUUGCUACAAGAGCCGGGUACAGGCUGCUGAGAUAGAAAUAAGGCAGCUGAAGACUCAGCUUGCAGAGCGAGGGGAGCAGGUGACUCUCUUGCAAAAGAAGUGUAGUGCCGUGGAAGUCCAGCUUUUCGAGCAAACGCAACGAGUAAACCAACUGUUGGAGGAGAAGAAACAAAUGCUGGCAACGACACAGAAGCUUCAGAAAGACAUUCAACGGCUGGAAAACCUGAAGAAAGCAGUGCUCACUUCAAUUCAAGGGGACUGCGCAGAAGCUGAUGAAUCUAGUCCAUAUGCAGCAGCGGACCCGACUUUUCAGAUGACUGCGAGGAGGACUGUCGCUGAGCUAGGAUCUAUGGAGGAUACCAACCUUAAAGGCAUGAGGCUUGACUUCCGUCGCGGAGGCCCUAACAGCGGAACUGUUCUAACGGCUCACGAGGACCCAUCUGCCAACGCUGACGGUCGCGCCUUUUUCAGAGCCGCAAGGAGCCGUCUUUCUUUCGAAACGUUCAAUGCCUUCCUAGCCAGCAUAAAGAGACUAAACAACCAACAACAAGACAGAGAGGAAACCCUUAAAACAGCUGAGCGACUUUUUGGAGAGGCUAAUGCCGACCUAUUUGAAGACUUCAAGGCCCUUCUGACUAGGCAUGCUUAA